AUGGUGGGCCGAUUUCUGGGUGGGAUUGCCACCAGCAUAUUGUACUCGGCGUUCGAGAGUUGGAUGGUCUACGAGCAUAAUAAGUGGGGUUUUCCUGAAAACCUCUUGGGUACGGUAUUCUCCCAUGCUGCACUGGGAAACUCGCUAGUUGCCAUUCUGUCAGGUGUAGCUGCCCAGUUUGCAGCCGAUGCCUUUGGAUACGUGGCUCCAUUCGACUUGUCGCUGAUAGUACUGAUAGUAAUGUGCGUAUUCAUAAGUCAGACAUGGCCCGAAAACUAUGGUGACGAGAAAGCUCCCCUACGAGAGACAUUUAUCAAGGCACUUCUCACUAUAAAGACAGAUGUUAACGUUCUCUGCUUGGGACUGGUUCAAUCGUUGUUUGAAGGUUCCAUGUACACAUUCGUUCUAGAAUGGACUCCAGCUCUUUCUCAGGCUACAUUUGCUCCUAUUCCACAUGGCUAUAUCUUCGCUAGUUUCAUGGUGGCCACCAUGAUGGGAUCUUCAUUCUUCAAACUUCUCUCAAAGAAAAUUCGUCCUGAAAGCUUUAUGCGCUAUGUUCUACUGGUGUCCGCAGCUUGUCUGGGUGUUCCUGUUGUCGUGCCAAACAGUGCAACAUUCAUCUUCUUGGCAUUCCUCGUUUUUGAAGUUUGUGUAGGGAUUUUCUGGCCAGCAAUGGGCUAUCUACGAGGCAUUUAUGUACCGGAGGAGACCCGUUCGACAACGAUCAAUCUGUUCAGAGUCCCACUCAAUAUGAUUGUGAUUUUCAUAUUAUGGCAGGUGAGCAAGCAUUGCUAG